GCCGAGGAACCGCCAUCGGGCGUUUGGAAUUUUUUAGAAUCAGUGACCCGUUUUGUAAGAUAGUCUUAAGACAAUCUUCCUCACCCACCGACGAUUUUUCUCUUCCUUCGGCCUUCCAAAUUCGCACACAGAUCAUCAAUCAGUUUGAAAUUAAACUUCUGAGUAUUUGAAGGGUCGAGGCGACGAGGAAACAAUUUAGAGAUGACUACUGCAGCUCGACCCACAUGGGCACCCGCUAAAGGUGGAAACGAGCAAGGUGGUACUCGAAUUUUCGGCCCAUCGCAGAAAUAUUCGUCCAGAGACAUCGCUUCUCAUACGACCUUGAAACCCAGAAAGGAAGGACAAGAUACCCAUGACGAAUUGCAGAGGAGGAAUCUCAGGGAUGAGUUAGAAGAUCGUGAAAGGAGGCAUUUUUCAUCAAAAAGCAAGUCAUAUGAUGAUAGAGAUCAUAGAAAAGGAAGCCAACUUCUGUUAGAAGGUGGAAAGAGAGAUAUUGAAGAUCGUAUUAUACCACGAAGUUUAGACGCUGAUGAUUCUGAUGUGGAUGUCAAAAGUGAUGAUGAGAGUGAUGAUGACGACGAUGAUGAUGAGGAUGAUACUGAAGCUCUUUUGGCUGAGCUGGAACAAAUAAAGAAGGAAAGAGCAGAGGAAAAGCUUCGGAAGGAAAGACAAGAGCGGGAGGAAGAGCUUAAAGUCAAGGAAGCAGAAUUACUCCGAGGAAAUCCACUGCUUAAUGAGCAGCCCUCCUCUUUUAGCGUCAAAAGAAGAUGGGAUGAUGAUGUUGUGUUCAAGAAUCAGGCUCGUGGCGAAUCAAAGACACCUAAGCGCUUCAUAAAUGAUACAAUUAGGAAUGACUUCCACCGAAAAUUCUUGCAGAAGUACAUGAAGUAACAUGGUCAUCAAAGAUGAACACAUAUGUAUGAUAAUGCAUUGAACAGACUAAAUAUCACUUGAAUGUUUUAGUUUGUCUUCUGAAUUGGAUGAAGUACAAGGGAUUGGACGAAUGAAUAUUAAAACGGUUUCAUAAGAA